GCAAGAACAAAGCGAGUCCGGCUGCGUGUAUCGAUCCCUGUAUUUCACGCGAUCUAAAGCAAGAUCCAUGCUAUCGUGCGUGGUUGUUUUUUCUCCCGAUUUUCAGAGGAUCUCCAUCUCCAUCUCCUUCAUAUAGGAUCCUUUUCGUGUUACCAACAUGUCUCAGCGACAACUAAAAGAAGUAGAGUCCUAAUUAAACAACAUCUGAACGUUUUUUAGAGCGGGUCGAAUACCUUCAGCUUGAUUGAGAGAUAUUACCUGUACAUACUUCAUAGGUCACUCAUCAAGUAGUCCAUCAAGUUCGAGUGUAGCUAGUUCAUCGGCCGGAGUCUUUUUGUUUCCCAUUCCCCCUAUUUGCAAAGGCCCAAACUUUUCACACAGAAGGGGUUCUGCGAAAGAUAUACGAAAACUUUGCCAAAUUAUGUCGUCCAAAAAGUGGGACUUCAAGCUGGAGUCCAGCUCGAACGUGCUGGUUGCGCAAGAGAAAUCCACCGCGCUGGACAAGAUCGACCCAAGUCUGGGCUGGAAAGCGGAUGACAGCACAAUAUCAACGGUAACGGGCCAACCAAAGAAGGCAGCGGUGGACAAAACGUUUUUAGAUAGGAAAGCCUGGGAAGCGGUCAUGCAGCCAUGUCAAGCGGUAUAUUGAUGGUUUGAUUCUUCUUAUUGCAUGCGCGUGCAUUUUUACAGAUCGAGUCCUGAUGGUGCAAUGACGUGCAUGGCAAAUGAAAAUGAUCUGAUACAUCUACUAACCCUCACAGGUUUUCAUGAACAUGUUCAUGCUCUGGAUGAUGGGCAGCAACCCGGGGAUUUUCGGAAUUAUGAUGCUCGCGUACGCGUACAGCAGCGGUAUCGCGCAGUUGAAAAACGUCAACAACGUCUUCCUGCCCUUCUCCCAGCAGGGCGUAGACUGCAGUUUCCAGAAAAUUGCUUACGUCGUGAUCUGCGUCGCGGUGCUUGGGUACUUGACGUAUAGUGCCAGUGGGAUGGGUUUAUUGCCGACGCAGACGGGGGACUGGAUCUCGAAAAUCCCCUACGUGCCGAUACAGGAGCGGAUCAUUUAACUGUAGUGCAAGAAGAGCAAAAACGCUUUCGAUGUACUUUGGCGACAACAAACCGCACCGUAAUGAAAACGACAUUUCCACCACGGCAAAAAAUAUGACCUUUAUUACUCCACGACGGAGAUGGGGUGCUAGAGAUCAUC